AUGGAACCUAUCCAGUGGAAACAAACCACCUUUGGAAAUUCCGAUGGGUCUGUUGUUUCCACGAAGAAGAAGCAAGCCAAAGAGCACAAUGAACCAUUAUUGAAGCAUCGUGAAGGGCAGAAGUGGUACGAAUACCAGUGUUGUACGAUUUUCCACUCUUACUUGACUUUCUGUCUCAGGAUCGCUAUAAUUGCUUUAGACGUGUGCAUGCAAGGAGGAUCUGAGGCGGCUUGGUUGCAGUUGGUGAUGAAGAAGGGUACUGCUAGCGACCGGAUGACUGCCAUGCAACUUCAACUUCACAAGUCUCCUGUUCACUCCUUGCCUUGUAUCGAAACGAUGAUCAGCACUGUCGAGAAGAAGAACACUCGAGAAGCGCUAGAGGUGUUUUAUCAUAUCUUUUGUUGGUUUUAUAGUCGAAUAGCUAUAAGUUUUACUUAUGAGUUACUUCAGAAGCGUUUACUCAUUUUGUGGCGAUUUGAGCACAGAUUAAAGCUCGUAUACGAAAGGUUUCUACGAGCGCUGGAGGUUCCUGGACUCGCAGCAUCAGUGGUUGAAGACCUUAGUAAAAGAGCAUUGCGAACUGCUCUUAAUCUUCUUGCCGAACGUCCCGAGGGAGAAGGAUUUCUACUGAGCAUGUUGGUUAACAAGAUGGGCCAUCCAAGCACUCGGAUCGGUGCAUUCGUGGCCACUCUGCUCGAGGAUCUUACGAAACGACAGCCGAAUAUGCGUCUGGUAAUCGUGGCUGAAGUGGAGCGGCUAAUUUAUAGGAGUAAUGUGAGUCCAAGAGCUCAGCUGUAUGCAUCUACGUUUCUAUCACAGAUUACACUAUGCACGGAUGAUUCGGCCCUCGCGGUGCGGAUGUUGUCCAUCUAUUUCGGUUUGUUUAGAACUCUCGUUAAUCAGAAGUUUUCCAAUAACCGUUUAAUUGGGAUUCUCCUCUCUGCUGCCAACCGUGCCCUGCCAUUCGCAAAAGCUGACGCCUUGACCGAAGAGAUCAAUACAUUGUAUCGGAUUGUCCACACUAGUUCCUACUCGGUGUCUUUGCAAACCCUUAAACUGCUGUAUCAGGUCCACCAAAUAAGUGAUUCACUGUCGGAUCGCUUCUAUGCGGCACUUUACCGAAAACUGCUUGUCGAGGUUCCUCCUUCGUGCUAUAAUCAACUAUUGCUUCUCCUUUUUAAGGUGAUGAAGUCAGAUCCGUCUGAAUCUCGGGUGCGCUCUUUUGUCAAGCGUUUAUUGCAGGCUGCUACGUGUGCAACGCCUUCGUUCGCUGCUGGAGUACUUAUACUUAUCUCACGAUUACUCGAAAGUGGAAGAAAUUUGAUUGUGUUGCAAAAGCAUGUAGAUGUAUGUUUUGUUACAAAUAACUCUGAGGACGUAGAUGAGGAGCGCUAUGUGGACAUCGGAGUCGAUGGGAAACCAAUCACGACGAUCAAAGAAGAGGUAGCUUGGCGUGCCAUUUAUAAUAUGGUGAAAUCUAGUUUCUUUUUUCCAGGUUCGAACGCUUCAAAAACGCCGUACGAUCAUGAAGCACGAAAUCCUUUAUUCGUAGAUUGUCGGAAUCUGGUGGAUUGUGAGUUGUUGCUUCUUUCCAAGCAUUACCAUCCAUCUGUUGCAGUGUUCGCUAAAGCUCUGAUAGAGAAUGGAUGCAUCAACUACAAAGGUGACCCAUUGGAGGACUUCACUCUUAUAAAGUUUUUAGACCGCUUUGCAUUUAAAAAUCCGAAAGAAGGACGAUCUAAAUCACGAAGUGAGCGAGCGGUAAUGAAAAAGCAGAUCGACCCUUGGGGUGUGAAGAAGCUUCCUGUGUCAUCAAUGGAGUACUUAUCGAAAAAAAUCACUGAACUCCCUGCUGACGAACGUUAUCUUCAUCGGUUUGCCUUCAUACGGUUCAAUCCAAAAGAGCAACAUAAAACAAAGAAGGAAGAUGAGUGGGAAAACGACAGUGUUGAUUCUGCUGAAUUUGAUGCAAUUAUUGAUAAAUUUGGACCAGGAGAGGCUAAUGAUGAAUUCGACGUGGACUAUUCGAAAGAGUUCACUGCAGAGAAGAAAAGGCACAAAUCUGUGAAACAUAUUGCUGAGAACGAGGAUGGUGAAGGUGAUGAAAUUGAUUUCGAAUUAGACAGUGACGAUGGUGAUGGUGAAAACGACGAUGACAUGGAAGAAAUAAGUGAAGACGAUGACGACAGCGAAAAUGUUGAAAUGGAGUCGGAGUCUGACGAAGACGGACCAGUAACUCUUAGGUCUCGUGGGAAGCGAGAUUUUUACGACAGCGGCGAAAGUGAUGACGAAAUCGGUGGAAAUGAUGCUGACAAAGCUGGUGAGAAGGUAAGUGCAGAUUUAGACGUUUUUAAUGUAAAAAAAUUAGUUGUCAGGUUUGUUGGAGACUUUAUAAACUUCGGUUUUUCAAUUUUUGUAUGUUUUUGUUUAUCUUACCAAAUCUCUUCAAUGGUUUACCGUAUCAUAGUUGACUGGAGUGUACUUAUUUGUCGAGAUUUGAUGUAA